AUGCCUUUGUAUGCCAAGUUUUUGAAGGAGCUUAUCAACAAGAAAAGAAGUUGGCUUGAGAAGGAAACCGUAUUACUCACCGAGGAAUGUAGUGCUGUGAUUCAACGGGGCAUUCCACCAAAACUCAAGGAUCUGGGAAGCUUUGUAGUAUCAUGCACCAUUGGCAAAAUAAUUCUCAACAAAGCUCUCUGUGACCUUGGUGCCAGCAUCAAUUUAAUGCCUCUUUCAAUGAUGAGAAAGCUUGAUAUAGAAGAGCUUAAACCCACCAGGAUGUCAUUAGUCAUGGCUGACAGAUCCAUCAAGACACCCAAUGGAAUUGUGGAGAAUCUGUUGGUGAAGGUUGGGGAAUUUAUCUUCCCAGCAGAUUUUGUGAUUUUGGAUACUGAAGAGGAAGGAAACGACUCAAUCAUUUUGGGAAGGCCAUUUCUACACACAGCAAGGGCCAUCAUUGAUGUAGAAAAAGGAGAAAUGAUCUUCAGGGUCCAUAAUGAACAAAUGGUCAUAAAUGUUUUCAAGUCAAUGCAACACAUUCCUGAGCAAGAGGACUACGUAAGAGUGGAUAUGAUAGAGAGUUUGGUGGAAGAAAUGCUGGAGGAAAAUUCUCAGGAGCAAGAAGGAAAUCAAGGGGCAACAGAAGAACAAGUAGCUGAGACCUUCAUUGAGCAAGAUGAAAAACAAGACAAGAAGGAAGAAGUACGAAAACAAGAACUGAAACCACUACCCCCAUCUCAAAUAUGCAUUUCUAGGCACAUCAGAAAGCUUCCCAGUGAUCAUUAA